GUCGAACGAACAAUAUAAGUAAGUUUAUAAUCAAUUAAUAAAUUUGCAUAAAAAUAUAAGUUUUUGAAGUCAUUAUAAAUCAUUUAAACUGAAAAAAAAUUAUAAAAAGAAAUUUAAUUAACAAAAAAAUUAAUAAAAAAUAAAAAAGAUCUUCACUCUCUUUAAGUUAAUAGAUUUACUUUUUUGGUAAGUAGAAUUAUUAUUGUUAAGAGAUUAGUAUAAUUAGUCAGCCACUUUAACGUCAUGGGAAAUAAAAGCACUUCUUCUUAAAGCAAGAAAUCAAUCCAUUACUAAGCAUAUCAGUAAGAGUAGUUGAAUAAAAUUGAAAAAGAAAUCAAAAAAUAGCACCCUUAAAACUCAUUUACAUAUCAUCAAAAUAAUUAACCCUUAGAAGAAGACUUGAUUACUUUUGAAGCUCUCGAGGCUCAUUCAGACAAUAGAAGAAAACUUAAAGCGAAUCCCUCUGAUUUAAAAUAAGGUUCACAAAUAAAAGAUCUAAAAAGUAAAUCAUAAUAAAAAAUUGAAAAUGAUUUAGAGAGGUAAACUUUCAGUGAAAAUCAAAGUAGAGAAACAUCAUCUAUACAUUCAAAUAUAAAUAGCGUUGUAUUUUUCAAUGAUAGAAAAGAAAGUAGCAAAAAAGAAAUAAAAAAAAAUAUUCUUCACUUAGAAAAUAAUCUAAGCAAUUUGAUAAGAAAUGAAAACUACUUUGCUGCUCUUGAUAAGUUAUUUGAGAUUUUAUUUUUAAACAAAAAAAUAUAUGGCAAUAACAGCGAGUAAGUGGCCUUUACUAUGCACAGAAUGUCAAGUAUUCUGUGUCUUCUUGGUAGACUAGAGGAAGCUUUGAAAUAUGAAUAUGAAUCAUGCUAAAUAAGAAAAUCAAUUUUAGGUACUCUUGAUAUUAACAUAGCUAAGAGCCUAAUAUAUAUCUCAAAGCUUCUUUGGUACUUCAAAAAGUAUGUGUAAAGCUUUUACUAUAUUUUGGAAGCUUAUAAUAUUUCUGAGCAUCCAAUUAAUAGACUGUAAAUGGAGCUAAAGUAAAUGAUUGGAGAAGUUUCACUUGAAAUGUCUAAUAUUGCACACGAAAACGAGCAUUUUAUUCUAUCGUUUAAGUUAAAAAUCCUAGCUUUUUAAUCAAAAAGAGCAGCCUUUUUGUUCGACGAGUCUUAUAUUGAUGAUGAUUUAACUUUAUUAGCACAUGAAGUUUGGAAUUACAAAUAAGGUAUUUUCUUGUUAUAAAUGAUUCCUUCAAAGAAAUAUUAAAUUUCACUGAGUAAAUAAAAUUCUACCUAAAUUGACUGCUGCGAUUCUAAUGGAUAAGAAGAUAAUUGUCCAAUUUGUUACAUAGAAUUCAAAGAAUAAGAUGAGCAAAAAGAGCUAUUAUGUAAUCAUAUAUUCCACUCCGUAUGCAUAGAUAGAUGGAUUAUCAAAAAUCAAAAGUGUCCUAUGUGUCGUAAAAGCUAAGAUUUGGAAGAAUAUUUGAGCUUUUAAUAAUCAAGAUUACACAAAAUAUAAUAAGAAUAGAAUCAAAAUAUUUAAUAAAAAUUUCAAAAUUUAAUGAUUGAAAAUACAGAAUUUAAUUUUACUGGAGAGAAAGAAAGCAAAAAUAAAGAUGAACAAAAAAAUUAGGCUAAUUUAGAGUAAACACUUAACAGAGAGCUCAUUUAGCUGUCUCCUCGAACAUAAUAAACAUUUAUUUUCCUAAAGAAAGAAAUGGAAAGUAAAGAAAUUGAUAUUUUCAUGCAAGAUUACAACUAGCAUUUUAAUAUUCUUCCUCUUCCAUCAGAAACUGUCAAUCCUGAUUAAAAUAUAAAAAAUAGCAAAGACGAAAGUAAAGAUUAAAGUGAAUCAAAUGUAUAAACUAACAAUUCUUAAUAAAGCAGCGAAGAUAAUUCAAAUAAAAACUCAGCAACUGAUGCAGAAAUGGAAAAGAAUAGCGUUUUAAAAGAAGUCAUAAACAAUAUAAAUUUUAACAAGAAUUAAUAAAAAAUAUGCGAAAAUCAAAUUAAAGAAAGUUUGAACUUACCUUAAAACAUACUGUUUGAAAAAAAUCCUGAUGAAGAAUAUGAUUUUUUGACUGAUGAAAAUUUGUUUAAUUGUAAAAAUUAAUUAAAUUUUAAUGAAAAUUAAGACGAUAAUCAAGAUGAGUAAGAAGAGGAAUAAAAAUAUUAAAAUGAUGAUUAAAAUUAAUUUUAAUUUUAUUAAAAUGCUCAUUCAUCAUAGCAAAGGAUUUAGUUCAACAAAAACAAAAAUUAUUCUGAAAGAGUAUUUGGUGUUUCAGCAGAAUUGAUUUAAGAGCAUUUAAAUUGUAUGAUAUAAGUUGGUUAGCUUUUUAGUGAUGAAUCAGAAAUUUAACCUUUUGAACAUUAAAGAGGAGUUUAAAAUAAUUAAAAACAUUUAUUUGGACAGUAUGAGGGAAUAAUGGCUCAAAGUAGCGAUUUUAACAACCUUGAAGAAAUCGAAGAUGUGAAUUAUGAAGAUAGUUCAGAAGAGAGCUUGGAAGAUGAAUUCGAGUAAAAUAUUAACUAAUAACAAGAAAACAGCUUCUCCUAAUUUGAAUUUUAAAAAGCUUGCUUUGAUGAUAAUAAUGAACAAAUUAAUUAAUAAGACAUGAAAAAAUAAGAAUAAAAUGGUUAAAAUGAGUUAUUUAGUUUUGGAUAACAAGAUAUUGAUUUCGACUAACACGAAAGUAUUUUUACUGAUUAAUCAUUUUAAAAUAUUUCAAGCUAGUUCUAAAUUAAAGAAUCAGUAAAUUCAAAUAAAAUUUAAAACCGAUUCGUGUAUUUCGAAGAAAGCAGAAAGGAAGAUGAACAAAUCUAAAAGCAACCAAAUAAAAACUUAAAUGAAGAAGUACAACUGAAAUAGUUCUCAUCAUAUAAAACAAUUGAUGAUACAGACGUUAAUUUUGAUGAAGAUAGAAUCAGCGAAAUUAGUAAUAAAGGCAUUAAUUUUAGUGAUAAUAGAUAUAAUAAUUAUCUAUCAAAUAAUUAAUAAUAAGCUAACAACAACAACUUUGUUUAAAAUAUUAAACAUGAAUCAAAUUAAAAUGGUUCAGUUAAAUAAAAUCAUAAUAAUUUGGUCAUAAACUAAAAUAAUCUACAAUCUCGCGAUAAGCUAAUAAUAAAUACUAUACCUGUUAAUAAUAUCAAACAAAACAUCAUUUCUAAUGCAAGAAGCUAUUAUCAAAAUGAUGAAUUUGAUAUAUUUGACAAGAAAUCUGUAACAAAAUUUUCUCAAAAUCAAAAGAUUAAUUUGUUUGAGGAUGAUUAAAAAGAAAACUAAUUUAUGUAUGAUAACAACUAUGUCAUAAAUAAUAACAAAUAUUCUUAAAUGAGCUUCUUGUGA